GGAAGCAGGAUGUGACAGUAACGGAAAUCAUCACUCUGAUCGUAUGCCCGGGGAUGGAGGAGGAAGUGAAGGCGGAUUCACAAACCACGGGGGCCGAUCGGUGGCAUGUGGGGCUGACUUUACUGCCUGCGUCACUGGUCCACUAUGUCCAACGAAGACCUAAUUUCAGUGGAUUAUGAAAUUUUUGGCAGAGUGCAAGGUGUAUUUUUUCGGAAAUACACUCAAGCAGAAGGGAAGAAGCUUGGCCUGGUUGGAUGGGUCCAAAACACAGGUGCAGGAACUGUUCAGGGGCAGCUACAAGGCCCACAAAGCAAGGUGAAAGAAAUGCAAGAAUGGCUGAAAUCCACCGGGAGCCCCAAGUCGCACAUAACCAAGGCAGAGUUCAAGAACGAGAAAACAAUCGAUGGCCUAGAACACUCAUCCUUUAACAUAGUAAAAUAAAAUAACCCAUAGAUUGUGCCUGUAAUAUUAACUUAUUUAUUUAGUAUUUUUAAAUGAUUGGAAUGCAACUCAUAUAAUUAAUCAAAUGUGUGUGUAUGUUAGGUCUCAUUAACAUCUACAAUAUAUGGAAUUACAAUAAUAAAUGAGAAAUUCCUUUAAGCAGG